UAUGGAAAAUGCAUUGAUUACCACACGGAAGUAGGGCGACUUGUUUUGAUUUUAUACGUUCUCCCGAAAAUAAAGACCCACUUAACUGAAUAGUCUAACCCUCAUUCAACGAACCAUGUCUAAAAUACAAUUGUUGGGUGUUUAUUUGAAUGAACGGUUAACCGCGGCUGUUGUUGAGAUUUUAGGGGCAGUUGAGAAAACAGUAUCUGAAUAUCAGGAGGAGAACAAUCGGCUACGAAGAUUGCUGCAAAUCACUCCGGAAAUAAAACGAGGAAGAACAGACUCCCUGCAGUCCUCUUUGUCUGUCUUUGAAGAGGAGAUUCCACCUGAUCAGGAGCAGUGGAGUCCCAGUCUGGGGGAGGAGGACCUAGGGCCCAGACAAAUUAAAGAGGAACAGACGGAACUCAGGACCAGUCAGGAGGAACAGCAGCUUCAAGAGCUCUUUAAUACUAAAGACUCCAUGUUUACUCCCCCCUGUGUGAAGAGUGAAUGUGAUCAGGAUGAUCCACUUUGGUCCCUGACUCAAAACAUGACUGUGGAGAACAGAGAGAGUGACUCCAGAUCAGUGGAUCUCACUCCUUUUGGCACUCUGACCUACCUUAAGGGCCUUGACAUUCCCUGCACCCCUCCACAUAAUUUAAACAAUGCCUUUAGCUGUAACUCGUCCAUAAACAAGGAACCAGUACAUCUUGAUAGCAGCCCAACAUUGGAUCCAAGCCCAACAACGGGAGAACAUUGUUAUAAACCUACCACCUGUAAUCUGUCCAAUGAAAUUAUUUUUUACACAGGAGAGAAACCAUUUAGCUGUGCUGACUGUGGGAAAAGCUUCCGUCUCAAGCAGCACCUAACCAUACAUAAACUGACUCACACAAGAGAGAAACCAUUUAAUUGUUGUGACUGUGGGAAAAGGUUCAGUAUCAAAAGGAACCUAGCUGUGCAUAAAUUGACUCACACAAGAGAGAAACCCUUUAUCUGUGGUGACUGUGGGAAAGGCUUCAAUCAGAAGGGUCACCUAAACACUCAUAAACUUACUCACACAAGGGAAAAACCAUUUAGCUGUGGUGACUGUGGGAAACGCUUUAAUCGGAAGGGUAACCUAACUACUCAUAAACUGACUCACACAGGAGAGAAACCGUUUAGCUGUGAUGACUGUGGAAAAAGCUUCCGUGUCAAAAGGAACCUAACUGUGCAUAGAUUGACGCACACAGGGGAGAAAGCAUAUAGCUGUGGUGACUGUGGGAAAAGCUUCAGUCUCAAGCAGACUCUAACCAGGCAUAAAUUGACCCACACAGGGGAGAAAUAUGGCUGCUCGCUCUGUGGUAUAAGAUUUACUCGUGAGACUCAUCUAUUGAAACAUGUGAAUAAGGUCCACAACGAAAGAAAGCUUUUUGAAAACUAAAGUCAGAACUCUAAGAGAAAGAUAUCUACUUCAAAGAUGUAAAUACAAAGGCAGAAUAAGAACAACCUAAGUGGUUAGGGUAACUAAGUGGUUAGAUUUAAGCACCAAGACUGCAAGAUGAAAAGUCAAUUGUUUUGUCCAACCACAAGCUAUUUAAUCCAAAUGGCUCCCAGGUCAGUGCUUUAAAUGACAGUUUGUUCUGAGUCAUAUUUGCCUGAUAAAAAAGAAAAGGAAAGCUAAGUUUGUUAACAUUCAUAAUUAUGGAUCAGUUCAAUUUAUGAACAUGUUUUAAAUUUAAUGCUGUAAGAUGAUCAUAUAAAUAAAGAUGCAUUGGAAUGUGGAGGAAAUUCUUAAAUGGCUUUUUAGAAAUAUUUAACAGGAUGACCAUUUCUCUUGGCCUAUAGAUUUCUUGACCAACUUUCUGACAGUCUAGUUGCAGGGACUGCAAAUGACAGAUGAUAGUGGGUGCCUCAGUCCUUUGACAAAUAAUAAGACUUUCCUGUUACUAAAUAGCCGCGGGCCAUCUUGCUAUACAUCUAUGGAGUCAGAUGACAAACACUAAUAUAGAAACCACUUCUCUACAGUAAAUGGCGAUUGCUGAUGUGAUGAAUCUUCUGAAGAUGUCCCAGUAUCAGAAUGAGCACAUGGAAAUAGGCAACCACUCUCUUUAAAGGUGUACAUCAGGUCACAUGAUCACCCCACUGAAAUUGCCAAGAUCCUCCAAAUCUCACAAUGUGUAUCAGUGACCUAACUCUGAGAUACAGUACUGUGAAAAAAGCUAAAUGUGUUGUAUAUGUAAAGCUGCCUGCAUCUGAUGAACAGUACUUCCAGGUCUUUGAGGGACAGAAGGAAAUCCAGUGAAGCACUUGUUGAGCAUAUGAAAGUCUUUUGAAACCAAAAUACACACUGUGACCAUGAGAAGUCUUACAAGACAUGGUCAUCUUUGACUGAUUGACUUCUGAAGAUGGACCAUUAACAUUAUUAGAAUGUUUUGUCACUUUUCACUGAAUUAAUGUUCCUUUGUGUUUAAUUUUAAUGUUUAUAUGUAUUUUUUUUC